CCGAUCGGACAAAUACUAUCGUUACACCGUAUCUCACAAACAUCCGCUGUAGCUUGCAGGAUUAUGAAAGCGUGAUUAGUGAAUACUUUUUAACUGCGCCAGCGGAUAGACGCAGACAGAUGGCCUGGUUUGGAUGGCUUAUUUAGGGCCUAGGCUGGGACCGUCACGCGUCUUUCUUUCCGGUGUGUCCGCCUUAAGACUCCUCUCCUCUGCCGGGAUGGACGACAUGGGUCUGGCCAUGAGUCGUUCUUCGCUGGAGCGGCUCGAAUUUGACAACGUCGCCCUCAAGAAACUUCCCCUGGAUCCAUCCGAGGAGCAGGGGGUGCGGCAGGUGAAAGGAGCGUGUUUCUCCCGGGUGACACCACAACCGCUGACCAAACCUCGGUUCGUGGCCGUGUCCCACCAAGCUCUGGCACUGCUGGGGCUGGACGGAGAGGAGGUCGUGAACGAUCCUCUCGGGCCAGAGUAUCUCAGCGGAUCCAAAGUCAUGCUAGGAUCUGAACCCGCCGCUCACUGCUACUGCGGACAUCAGUUCGGACAAUUCGCCGGACAACUGGGCGAUGGGGCGGCCUGCUACCUGGGAGAGGUGAAGGUUCCGUCUGGCCAAGAUCCCGAACUUCUCCGAGAAAACCCGAGUGGCCGGUGGGAGAUUCAGGUGAAAGGAGCUGGGCUGACCCCGUACUCCAGACAAGCUGAUGGCCGUAAGGUCCUGCGCUCCAGUAUAAGAGAGUUCCUGUGCAGCGAGGCGAUGUUCUUCCUGGGUGUGCCCACCACCAGAGCAGGCUCUGUAGUCACUUCUGACAGCAGGGUCAUACGUGAUGUGUACUACAAUGGGCACGCUCGCCACGAAAGAUGUUCUGUGGUCCUCCGCAUUGCUCCUACCUUCAUCAGGUUUGGAUCUUUUGAGAUCUUCAAGCCUGCCGAUGAGUUCACAGGUCGCCAGGGUCCCAGCUAUGGGCGCGAUGAGAUCCGAGGUCAAAUGAUAGAUUAUGUCAUUGAGAUGUUCUACCCUGAGAUCCAACAGAACUACCCAGAUCGGGUGGAGAGGAACGUAGCUUUCUUUCGAGAGGUGGUGCUUCGUACAGCUCGACUUGUGGCUCAGUGGCAGUGCGUGGGAUUCUGCCAUGGUGUCCUGAACACGGACAACAUGAGCAUCCUGGGACUCACGCUGGACUAUGGUCCAUACGGCUUCAUGGACAGAUUUGAUCCAGAUUUUAUUUGUAAUGCCUCGGACAACUCUGGACGAUACUCCUACCAAGCCCAGCCAGCUAUCUGUAGGUGGAACCUCGUAAAGCUAGCAGAGGCUCUUGCUCCUGAGUUGCCACCAGACCGGGCUGAGGCUGUACUGGAGGAGUACCUGGAUCUUUAUAACCGUUUCUACUUGGAGAACAUGAGGAAGAAGCUGGGUUUGCUGAAGAAGGAGGACCCUGAGGACGAGAUCAUGAUCACCAAACUGCUUCAGACAAUGCACAACACAGGUGCUGACUUCACCAACACUUUCCGUAGCUUGAGUCUGAUUUCUUGUCCCACUGAGGAAAAUAGCGAGGGAGAAGAGGAUUCUGUCAAGAAAGCCACAGACCUCUUGAUUGAGCAGUGCGCUAUUUUUUGGCCUAUAAGAAUUAUAACAGUAAUGUUUUGUAUUUGCAGUGAACUGGCAAUGCUGCUUUCUAUGGCUCAGAGCAACCCAACACUGUUCCAGAUGAUCUCAGACAGAGCAACAAUUGCGAGGCAGUUAGAGCGACUCAGCAAACUAAAGGAUCUGAUGGAGACCACCCAGGAGGAGCUGAAAACCAAACAGGCAGAGGACUGGACAUCCUGGAUCACUCAGUAUAGGAAACGUCUGGCUCGUGAGCUGGAAGGCCAGAGUGAUGUGCAGGCUGUGCAGGAGGAGAGAGUGAGGGUGAUGGACAGCACCAACCCUCGCGUGAUACUCAGAAACUACAUUGCCCAGAAUGCCAUAGAGGCUGCUGAGAAUGGGGACUUCUCUGAGGUCCAGCGUGUCCUCAAGGUUCUGGAGAAGCCUUUCUCUUCACAGCCAGGUCUGGAGCUCCCUGCGUGGGUUGGUGGAGGUGGGACCAGUGCAGAAGGAGAAAGGGAUGAAGGAGAGGAGCAACAGCAAGAAGCAGCUACCUCUAUGGCCAGAAAUCCCGUGCCUUAUGACAGCAAGCCCCCAGCUUGGGCCCAUGAAAUCUGUGUCACAUGAUCUUCGUAGUAACUUCCUUGACUGUAAUCUCUCCUGCAUAAAAUAACAAGAGAGUUUCAAGGUGUUUAAAAAUUAUUAUUUUUUUCACAUUUUUAUAACUCUUCAGCUACUGGACAACUUUGUUAUUUUAGCAGGCAGUUUCAGGAAGGUCGGCAUGAGGCACAGCACCUCACAGGCAAGCUGGAUGGCACAAAACAGACAGGCAGUGUGUUGAGUUUGUUUCCACAAAAAAUACAAAUUCCAUAGAAAAUUUAAAAUAUAUAUAUAUAUAUAUAUAUAUAUAUGUUUUAAAGCUAUAAUAACAGUUUUUUGUACCCCUGUUUAACAUUUGAGUCAUCCUUAAAUAAGUGGAUGAGAUUUUAUAUAAAAUUUAUAUGUGAUAUUGUGCAGUUUAAGCAGUACAUUUACAGAAACUCGGGUCAGAUUUUUUUUUUUUUUCCUGUCUUGUUUGUGUUUAAUAAGCUAUUAAUGAUGAGUCAGGCAACAAGUCUUACAGUGGCCUGUCUGGCUCUGACAAGCUGUGAGGUGUCACCUCGACAUAUACCAAAAAUAUGUGUGUGAGAGAGUUAAUGUGUUAUGAUGAUUUUAUAUCUGUGGCUAAAACUGUGUUACUGUACAUGAUUAGGAAGCCGCAGCCAACAAACACGCACAAUAUAAAGCAGAUAAGCACGCACAGUAUGUUUUCCUAUAUUAGAAAGCAUUUUCUUUUGCAGCUGUCAAGACAUUCAUAGAGCCAUGGAUGUAAUUGACCUUUUUUUUCAGUUGUCUAGUAACUAAGUUUAGUGAAGGACAAACGAGAACAGGAUGUUGCGAUUUACUUUUUUCAGGUUGUGGCUACACAGAAAGAGGAAGUUAUUUGUAGAAUGUGCCACAAAGAAACUUUUUUUGUGCAAAGAGUAAAAGACAGUCACAGCCAUUCAUAGAUUUGUAUUAAUUGUACUGCAUACGCAACAGCACUACUCAUCACAUGUUGCGCCUUUUUGGUGAAUAUGCAUUAUGUGAAAUGUCCGUUUGAGCUCUUCUAACCGAAUCAGUAAACUGAGUGCUCAAGAGUCAUUGUGUCUUUGUUUUUUGUUUUUUUACUUUGUGGCAUACCUGCAGUUCAGUUACAGAAGGAAACUCCACGUCCAUGUCUGUGUAACAUUUUAAUGUUGUCACUGUUUCUUAAUCUCCCAAAUAAUAAAUUUCCUCCUGUAUAAAUGUCACAAAGAACACGUGA